AUGAAACAAAGGAAGAGAGAAUGGAAAGAGGGGUGGAGGAGGGCCGGUAUAGGCUGCAACAAUCACAAGUUCUAUGCCAUUGCUGUCGGCAAGUACAGCAACAAACAAGAGCUGAUCGCCAUAAUCGGCAGCGGACAAUGGGCAGUGGAAGAUAAUGGAACGAUCUUCCACGUACAAGAGCAUUAUUGUCCUUGCGACAGCAAGGCGGAAAAAAGCGCAGCGAUUGUGUUUGGAUGGAUGAAAUCUGUGGUAGACAGUGUCACUGAUACUGCUAAGAGCUUAGCCGUGGAAGAAACUACUCAAGACAAAGAAGAUAUCACUCGACCACGAGUCAUUCGCAAGACGAAUCUCAGCCCGCUGGAAGCUUCUUUUAUGUUUGAUUUCUAUAAUUACACACCACCAUUUUAUCCAGAAAAUCACAUGGGAAAUGGGCAUCAGCCUGGGGCAAGAAAUCUUAUUUAG